ACAGAAGUCGCAUUUACAGAGUAGUGGUUGUUAACUUACUCCUCGCCAUGUCGGGAGAUUCAAUUCAUCAAAACUCCCACAAUAAGACGACGACUCCACCUCCACAAUCGGCGGCAGCUUCUUCUCCUCCUUCUUCUCCUUCUUCUCCUUCUCUGGCGGUGGUAACGACAAUGGAGAUAGAACACCCUGCAGCCGGAGCGUCGGCGCCCCUUUCUCCCAACCCCAAAACCAUGGCGCCGACUUGGUGGGCAGAGUCGAAAAACAUGUGGGAAAUUGCAGCUCCAGCUCUAAUCACCGAGGUUUCUCAAUUCUCAAUCAGCUUCGUCACCGCCGCUUUCGUCGGCCACCUGGGUUCCCUCCAGCUCGCCGCCGUCUCCAUUGUCCAGAACGUCCUCGAGACUUUCGUCUUCGGAUUCAUGUUGGGAAUGGGAAGCGCCCUCGAGACGCUAUGCGGGCAAGCAGUGGGAGCAGGGCAAACCCACAUGCUAGGAAUCUAUAUGCAGAGGUCAUGGAUAAUCUGUAUGGUCACAGCGCUCUGCCUGGCGCCGGUCUACAUUCUAGCUACCCCAAUUUUGAAGCUGCUUCACCAGGACAAGCGAAUUUCGGAGCUGGCGGGGAAAUUCGCCAUCUGGGUCGUGCCUCAAUUGUUCCUGUACGCGCUCAAUUUCCCGCUGCAGAAGUUUCUUCAAGCCCAGAGCAAAGUGUGGGUCUUGACUUCGAUUUCGACCGUGGUGCUGGGAAUCCACGCGCUUCUCAACUGGAUUUUCGUCGCCAAGCUUGGUUAUGGCGUCGUUGGUGCUGCUGUGGUGGCGGAUGUGUCUUGGCUGCUGGUGGUUUUGGGUCAGAUGAUUUAUGUGGUCUCUGGUUAUUUUCCUGAAGCUUGGACUGGGUUUUCGAUGAAGGCGUUCAAGUCGCUUGGUGGGUUUGUGAAGCUCUCGCUUGCCUCUGCGAUUAUGUUGUGCUUGGAGCUGUGGUAUACCACGGUGGUGAUUCUGAUGGUUGGAUGGUUGAAGAACCCGGAAAUUGCUGUAGAUGCCAUUUCCAUCUGCAUGAACAUUCAGCUGUGGACAUUGAUGGUCGCUUUGGGAUUCAAUGCAGCAGUAAGCGUGCGAGUGUCGAACGAAUUAGGAGCAGGCAACCACAAAGCUGCGAAAUUCUCAGUAAUGGUGACUGUCACAACUUCAACAAUCCUAGGACUGAUCUUCGCCGCAGCAGUUCUAGCUACGAAGAACGAGUUCCCGAAGCUAUUCACUUCGAAGCCGGAGGUGAUCCACGAGGCGUCCAAGCUUGGUUACUUCUUGGCAGCCACUAUCUUCCUGGACAGCAUCCUGCCAGUACUCCACGGGGUAGCGGUUGGGGCAGGAUGGCAGUUCCAGGUUGCACUGAUAAACAUUGUGUGUUACUAUGUGUUCGGGCUACCGAUCGGGGCUCUGCUUGGCUACAAGUUCGAGUACGGAGUGAAAGGAAUCUGGACCGGAAUGUUGGUUGGGAUUGUGCUUCAGAUUGGAUCUCUUGUUUACAUCAUCUACAAGACUAACUGGCAAAAAGAAGCGGCAGAUGCUGAAGAUAGGGUUAACAACUGGGGAGGGAAUUCUGAGCAGCCACGGCAGGAGGAGAUUAUGUUAGAACCAAUAAGUGGAGUUGUGAUGGAAGGAAGAAACUCUAAUUAAAAGAGUUGGCUCAAAUUUUGACCUCAAUUGCACACAGUUUUGGUUUUCUUUACUGAUGAUUUGAUGAUUGGGAAAAUCUGGAAGAAAUGUAUGGAUCAAUAUUCAACUCGAAGGGUUGUUCAUAGUGCAAAAAGAAAAUGUAAUUUUGUAUUUAUACAAGGUGAUGGAAUAGUAUGUC